GCCCUCCUGCCCGCGGGGCCGCCCGCCAGUCCCGCCGUCUGUCCGCAGCGAGCCGAGAGGGGCGGAGGUAUCUGACUCUGCCUGUCCACCCCCCACCCCCCCACCCCCGCUCACCAAAAUGGCCAACUUCACCCCAGUCAAUGGCAGCUCGGGCAACCAGUCUGUGCGUCUGGUCACGUCCACCCACAACCGCUAUGAGACAGUGGAAAUGGUGUUCAUCGCCACGGUGACGGGCUCGCUGAGCCUGGUGACUGUCGUGGGUAACAUCCUGGUGAUGCUGUCCAUCAAGGUCAACCGACAACUGCAGACGGUUAAUAACUACUUCCUCUUCAGCCUGGCCUGCGCCGACCUCAUCAUCGGCGCCUUCUCCAUGAACCUCUACACCGUGUACAUCAUCAAGGGCUACUGGCCACUGGGUGCCGUGGUCUGUGACCUCUGGCUGGCCCUGGACUAUGUGGUGAGUAACGCCUCUGUCAUGAACCUCCUCAUCAUCAGCUUCGACCGAUACUUCUGCGUCACCAAGCCCCUCACCUACCCAGCCCGACGCACCACCAAGAUGGCAGGCCUCAUGAUUGCCGCUGCCUGGGUGCUGUCCUUCGUGCUCUGGGCGCCUGCUAUCCUCUUCUGGCAGUUUGUGGUGGGCAAGCGGACGGUGCCAGACAACCAGUGCUUCAUCCAGUUCCUGUCCAACCCAGCAGUGACCUUCGGCACGGCCAUUGCGGCCUUCUACCUGCCUGUGGUCAUCAUGACAGUGCUAUACGUACACAUCUCCCUGGCCAGCCGCAGCCGGGUCCACAAGCACCGGCCCGAGGGCCCCAAGGAGAAGAAGGUCAAGACACUGGCCUUCCUCAAGAGCCCCCUGGUGAAGCAGAGUGUCAAGAAGCCCCCACCCGGGGCAGCCGCCCGGGAGGACCUACGCAACGGCAAGCUGGAGGAGGCCCCACCGCCAGUGCUGCCACCCCCGCCACGCCCGCUGGCCGACAAGGACACGUCCAAUGAGUCGAGCUCGGGCAGCGCCACCCAGAACACCAAGGAGCGGCUGCCCACCGAGCUGUCCACCACAGAGGCCACGGCCCUGUCCACGCCUGCCCCGGCCCUGCAGCCAAGGGCCCUCAACCCAGCCUCCAAGUGGUCCAAGAUCCAGAUCGUGACGAAACAGACCGGCAACGAGUGUGUGACGGCCAUCGAAAUUGUGCCUGCCACGCCGGCCGGCAUGCGCCCCGCCGCCAACGUGGCCCGAAAGUUUGCCAGCAUCGCCCGCAACCAGGUGCGUAAAAAGCGGCAGAUGGCGGCCCGGGAGCGCAAGGUGACGCGGACCAUCUUUGCCAUCCUGCUGGCCUUCAUCCUCACCUGGACGCCCUACAAUGUCAUGGUCCUGGUGAACACCUUCUGCCAGAGCUGCAUCCCCGACACGGUGUGGUCCAUUGGUUACUGGCUCUGCUACGUCAACAGCACCAUCAACCCCGCCUGCUACGCCCUCUGCAACGCCACCUUCAAGAAGACCUUCAGGCACCUGCUGCUGUGCCAGUAUCGGAACAUCGGCACUGCCAGGUAGGCAGGCAGGACUGCCCUGAAGGUGCUGGCGGACGCACACGCGUGCUGGGAGGCCUCGCAGCUCAGCUGCCGCGGGGGAGACAUUGGGAGGCACUCACUGCUCCUUGUUCCUGUUGGCUGAAGAGGAGAACUGAGCUCCCCAAGACCCCAAGAAGCCCAGAAAGAGGCUGGUUUCUGAGAGACUGGGUCUCUCUGCUCAAGCUGAAGGUGGUUGGCCCCAGGAAGUCUGUUGCCCUGCCUCAGGGAUCUGGGGGCCCCUGGUCCAGGUGGGCACCUGCCUUGCUGUGACCAGCCAGCAUGGCUGAAAGGAUGGACAUCUGGAGGAAAGAAGCCCAGGAACACCCCCUUGAGAAAAGUGAAGGGGCCAAAGCUUGGGAAAAGAGGCCCGGGAAGGGAGUGGAAGGGGAGGGUCCCCCAUUCUGCUGUAAUUGGUGCUUUCUGCCCCCUGCACCCUGCAUGUCAGCUCAGCCCCCUCCCCCCAAACCCCACUCCAGGGGCAGGAAUCUCCCCUUAUUGCAGCUGUUCAGGCUGUGGUCAGAUGGGCAGAGGUAUGUGGGGGGGUGGUGGUGGUGGGAGGGGCAGGCAGUAUGGGCGUAGUGGCACCCCCUACACACCCCCCAUAGCCAAGGUUGGGCAGGGUGGGGCUGUGCUGGGCAGUGCCCACCCUCACUUAGGGUCACAAAACCUUCCAAGUCCGGUCGCUGCAGUGUGACAGUGAGGUGACAUGGGAUGGGGGUGGCGAAGAUGUAUCCUCUCGCAGGAUUAAGGGAGGGAUACUGGAGAGGCAAGCAAGCCAGCCAUCUCCACUUUCCUGGUUGGCAGUGGGCUGCACCUAAGGACCUCUGAUCAGGCGGGCAGGCGGGCAAGGUAGAGACAGAGUGUUCUACGUUGUUUUCUGGGGUCCCUGGUUCAGCUGAGUGGCCCCUGGAGACAGGAACUAAAGGCUUAGGCAACUUGAUGAGGGAGGGGGGCUUUUCAGGGGCCAACAGGGGGCCCUGAAAGACAUAAAUGCUCUGCUUUUUCCACAAGCUCUGAAGAGCACUCACCCCCCCCGGAAGCCUCCCACCCUGCCUCCCCACCACUCUCCACCCGACAAAUACCAUAGCAAUCUCCACCGAACGGGAUUUUAUAUAUUAAAAAGAGAAGCUUUUAUUGGGAAAAACAAGUUUGGUUU